ACGCGAACAGAGACACAGUGCAGCUCGGUCAGGCAGGUGGGAGCCAGGAGCAUGUUUCUGUAAAAAAAAAAAAACACUAGCUCUUAUUUUAAAGAAAUGGUUAACAUCUGAGGACCGAGCAGAGCAAAGGAGAAUCCACGCCUGAGGUGUCCGGCUGAGACGGAUGAGUCUGCGGAGUCUCAGGCGGUUCUAAGACCCGUCUUUGUUCGGCUUCGUGGCGUCUCUCCACCUCCAACCAUGGACCGUUUAGAGAAGGAGCACAGGUCGGACGAUGAGGCUGAGUAUGAAGACGAGGAGGUGGACCCCAGGAUACAGGGAGAACUGGAGAAACUCAACCAAUCCACCGACGACAUCAACAGAUGUGAGACGGAGCUCGAGGAUGCAAGGCAGAAGUUCCGCUCCGUUCUGGUGGAGGCCACGGUGAAGCUGGACGAGCUGGUGAAGAAGAUCGGCAAACCUGUGGAGGAAUCGAAGCCCUACUGGGAGGCCCGCCGUCUAGCCAGACAGGCCCAGCUGGAGGCCCAGAAGGCCACUCAGGAUUUCCACAGAGCCACCGAGGUUCUGCGGGCCGCAAAGGAAACCAUCUCCCUGGCCGAGCAGAGGCUCCUGGAGGAGGACAACCGUCAGUUCGACUCCGCCUGGCAGGAGAUGCUGAACCACGCCACUCAGCGGGUGAUGGAGGCGGAGCACACCAAGACGAGAAGUGAGCUUUUACACAAGGAGACGGCGGCGAAAUACACAGCAGCUACCGGCCGCAUGAAGCAGCUGGAGAAGAAGCUGAAACGAACCAUCAGCAAAUCCAAGCCCUACUUUGAGAUGAAGGCAAAGUACUACCUGCAGCUGGAGAACCUGAAGAAGAACGUGGACGAGCGGCAGGCCAAGCUGUCUCAGGCCAAAGGAGAGUACAAGACGGCUCUGAAGAACCUGGAGAUGAUCUCAGAUGAAAUCCACGAACGCCGCAGAAUCUCCAUCAUGGGCCCUCGAAGACCCGGAGUCGGUGCCGAGGGGGACGGGGACGACCUCUCCGGCUUUAAGAUGGAGUCGGACCAAAUCUCCAUGGCCUCAGAGUGCUUUGAGGACGACCUGUGCGUUGGUGGAAGCAUCAUGUCUGAGGAGGACUCUGAGACUCGCUCCACCAGCAGUCUUGGUUCAACUCCCAGCAGCCCUCAGGAGAUGCUGUCGCCAUGCCCCUUCGCCAGCUCCUCUUCCUCCUCCUCCUCCGGCAUGUCUUCUUCUGCCUCUCCGUCACCCACACCCUCCUCCUCCUCCUCCACGUCCUCCCCGACUCUCCUGUCCAGGCCCUGCAGCCUGGACCUCCCCAGCACCGUGUCCCUGUCGGACUUCGGCCUCAUCUCGCCGGUGCUCGGACCUCGCAGCGAGUGCAGUGGGGCGUCGUCGCCCGAAUACGACCUGGAGCGAGGCGAUCGAGCUGAAGGCGCAGAGGGGGAUCUGGACAACACACCGCCUGGAAACAACAACAGCAGCAGCAGCAUCUCAACUUCCAACAUCAAGAAAACCUUUACAUUGGAGACGCGCUUUAGCUUUCUCAACCUGCGACGCCCGCGGGCCAAUGGCAUCAAAAACAAGGACAGCUGUCCCCAGAAGCUGGAGCAGAAUGUCCUCCUUGUCAAAUAAGUCUGGGGAGGUCUGGGAGGACUGUAAAUCUGCAUUUAGUCUCAUUCUGAACCAAAAACUCAAAGUUAUAGGCUGUUUACAAAGGUACCUACCACUACUCCAACCCAUCUCAUAGACUCUGAAUGUGAUGGUGUAAAUCAAUCUCUUCCUGUACGUUUCGGCACCUUUGGCACACAUGGACUCAUACGCCAGUGAGAUGUUAAGCACUAUUAUGUUGGAAAUGUGUUUUUCUUUCUCCACUAAAAAAGGGUUUUAGUCAUAAAUGCUGCCGACUUUCAACCUUUGACUUGGAUCAACCUGCUGUUACUGAUAGAAAUAGACUUUAUUACAGUUGAACUGCUAUAAACCAUACAGACAUGUUCUGUUAACAGAACUUAAGACACACAGUGGAGAAAAAAAAUGCUUUUAGCCUUCUGCCUUGUAGCUCUGUAUUUAAUGUUGUAUUUUCUGAUGUUUGUGACACAUGUUUAGGAUUCAAUUGUAAAAAAAAAAAAAAGUUGGAUAAUAACUACAAAUAAAGAGUAAUAAAACUUUGA